AGACAUAAAACAAUUAACAAAACUGAAAUUUGAUUGUAAACUACAAAUAAACCUGAUUUUUGUCGUCCAUAUGGAUGCAGAGCUACCGGAAUGGUUCGCAGAGUCUACAUGAAUCUGUUUUGUUUGCUGACAAAAAAAAAAAAAAUAAAUAAACCUGAUUUUUAUCUAUCCAAUCCUGAUAUGUUUCCGGUCUACGGUUUAAUCUGGAUUGAUCACCGGUUUGGUCCGGUCUAAUAAACUCUAGAAAUAACCCGGUGAGCUAUUGUCCGAUAGUUUGUGUAAGGUCCAAUUGGUCUGGCCCAUCAUAAUUGUAUGUAUCCACAACAAUUAAUAACCCGAUGAGCUAUAUAUAUAUACUAGGAGACGAAGCGAUUCAUAUUUAUCUCCAAACCUGUCUCUCUCUCUCUCGAUCGACACUCGAAACCCUGUGGCUGUGAGUAUAUAGUUCAUUAUUUUCGUCCUCUUAUACACCCUCGUCUAUGUUUCUAUGUUCCUUUUGUCAGAUUGAAAACUUGUUAAAAUUAACUAUUAGAAUUUCACAGCGGAAUCUUUAAUCUCUAUGUUUAUAGUUUUAUUUGUGGUCUGAUAAUUAGAUUUACAAAUUCGGGGGAGUACGUGAUCAGCCACGGUCGGGUCAAGAAUAAUGGGGAGUCAAGUUGACAGCAAGUUCACUUGGGUGAUUAAGAACUUAGCCCCUUUUGGAUCGCAGAUAAUUUAUUCUGACUCAUUCGUAAUAAGUGGGUGCAAAUGGCGUCUUAUUGCCUAUCCCAAAAGUAAAUUGCUUAACUACUUGACUUUGGAAGUUGCUGAUUCUGAAUCUUUUCCUAUUGGAUGGAGAAGGCUAGCAAAUUUUUCCGUGACUAUAUUAAAUAAGGCUCUUAAACAAAUCUACCGACGACAAGUAACACAACAGUGGUUUGAUCACAAGACUCCCAGGUUGAGUUUUCCACUCAUGAAAACCACCCUUGGGUUUCUGGUGGAUGAAGAAGUCAAAAUUGUUGCUGAGAUAGAUGUUGAAGUUAUCAUUAAUGGAUUCGAAGUUCUUCCUUCACAGGUCAAAUCUGUCAACCGUUUGUUUAAGAGACAGCCAGACAUUGCAUCAAAGUUUCCUAUAAACAACCCACUUCUGAAGACAUCAUACAUGAAUGUCCUACUCAGCUUGACUAGGGCUUUGCACUUGUCACCUCAGAAAAUCUCCAAUGGUGAUCUAUCUGAUACAGAAACUACUCUUGCACACAUGAAAAGUAUAGGUUUUAAGUUGGAUUGGUUGGAGAAAAAACUUGGGGAGAUAAAAGAAAAGAAGGCAAAAGAGAAAGCUGGUAAGAUUAAGAUCCAAAAUACUGAGGAAAAGUUGAAGGAUUUGAAGCAGAAGUGCUUAGACCUUGAAGCUCAGCUGGAGACUGAGAAGGCAGAGGUUUUGGCUGCAAGUGCUCCUCUCUUGUUGUCUGAUGAUGAAGAUGUUUUCUGAUGAAUUGAGUUCUUAGGUACUUGAGUUUAGAUUCUUCUAAUGCUAGGGUGUUUUGGUAACUAAAUGGUUUGUAGUUUGGCCUUAAGACUCUUUCUUUAAUUGUAACCAAGACGUCACACCCGGAUGAAACAUUCGCCUUUAACUC